AUUAAGUGCAGUUUUGAUCACAUCAUGAGUGGGCAUUCCUGCUACACAGGCUGUCAACCAGACCCAUUUAACCAUGAGACUGCCACUCCAAUCCCCAGUCUCUGGACUGGCUUCCCAUCACCCGUUGAAAAGGCUGCGCUUCGAGCUUUCCGAAUAUCAUUUGCUGCACAGCCAUCAUUAUCAGCCAGAAACGUACGCUUAGGCUUCAAGAUGGCACGCUCAGACUUUGCAGGCUCAACUCUAGGCUCAGAGCCCUCAAGCCCAACCAGUCCCAUGGGGAGUGACAGGUCGCGUGGAAGCAGCGCUCCGACAACUGUAACAGCGGCGUCAGUGGAUCCCUUGAUCAACCCGACACAAGCAAUAGACGGAGCGGAACACCAACCGACUCCAUCACUCGCAUCGAUUGCCAUUGAGGAACCAAUCCCCGCUGAAGGCUGGCUUGAUCUCGCAAGAUUGAUGACGAAGACACCAGAUUUUGCGGCCUUUUCGCGGUUCCAUGACCUUCAUAUCAAAAACCUUUUUAAACAGUUUUUGAAGAUUCGAGAAUUGAGGGAAUGUUUGAAGGGCUACGGUAUUACUCACAACAUGCGACAACUAGUGAAGUGGCUCCAGGACGAAGAUCAUGGGAACAUGACUGUUCAAGGAGUUGGCAGCGAGAUAUGGGGGGAUCAGCAAAAGAAGCCAGAGCCUCCCCCACUUCGCCAACAGUUCAUGAAUCUCAUCAGCUUCUGGAACAAGACGGAACCGCCAACCAGAGCAGACCUUGUGGCACCUCGUUGGCGAAAGGAUGUCGACGGCCUGACACGGUGGCUCGCGGAGGAACUCAUUCCCUUCAGAGAAGCUGUAAAAAACCCCCACAAGAGAGAAGCGGAUGAUUCGGAGUCUACGGCCGGUCAAGAGGGAAGCGAAAAGACAUCUACCAACCAUGUGGAGGAUGCAGAUAAAGAAGCGCAGAAAAGGAGGUCAAGAACCGACAACGUUCGAGCAUACUCGGGCGACACGCUACUCAAGCUGACUUAUCGCGGAGCAACUUUGGUGGCCUGCAUGCUUCCAAUUGUCGCCAUUCUUUGCCUCUCUAUCGUCCCCAACUUGUACCAUAAACUGGCCAUGAUCACAUGCUUCACAGUCCUCUUCGCCAUAGCAGUCAUGUGCAUGACCGAAGGGACAAGAGUUCAAGUGUUUACGGCCACCUCCGCAUUCCUCGCCGUACUGGUGGUUUUUGUCCCGGUUCAAAGUUCCUGA